AACUAAGCCCGCACAACAACCCAGUCGUCGUCCGCGUCGCUCUGUCCGAACUAACGACAUCCCGAUUCGCUUGCACAGAGGACCGAUCCUCCUGAACGAUUCCACGAGCAGAAUCUGAACUGCCGCCGCAUUCGCCAAGAUGGAUUUCAAAGGCUUUGGCAAGAACCUCUCCAACUUUGGCGCGCAAUUCACGCCUUUUGCGUCGCGCACCAUUCAGUUCACCAAGGAGCAGUUUGGCCAGGUCGAAGACAAGGCGAGUCGCUUCCUACGCAUGCCGUGACCGAUCCGGAGUCGCUGUCCUGACUAACUAACCCCUUGUCGUUGCACCUCCUCAGACCCAGCUCCCCGAUGAAUACUUGGAACUCGAGAAGCGGGCCGAUGCCCUGAAGCAGGCUCAUCAGAAGAUGUUUGCCGUGACCUCGUCGUACCAGAACGAGACCUACGACUACCCGCCCAACAUCAAGGAGACGUUCCAGGACCUGGGCCGCACGGUCAGCGAAAAGGUCCACCUGCUCUCCUCGGCGACGUCUACCUCCGAGGCGCAGGCCGCUCUCGUCGCCCCUCCCUCGGCAAAGCCACAGCCCAAGACAUUCAGCCAUGCCAUCGCCCGCGCCAGCUUGUCCAGCAGCCAGCUGCUGCAUCAGAGCCACACUGGCGCCGGUGAAGACCCGCUCGCCACGGCUCUGGAGAAAUAUGCCCUGACCAUGGAGCGUGUUGGCGAGGCCCGCCUUGCCCAGGACUCGCAGAUUCAGAGUCGUUUCCUUGCCGGCUGGAGCACGACUCUCAACACCAACUUGAAUUUCGCUACGCGUGCGAGAAAGAACGUCGAGAAGUCUAGACUGUCGCUGGACGCUGUCAAGGCACAUGCAAAGGGUACUACUUUCAAGCUCGGCGGUCACGGUGCUCAGGCCGAGGGCCACGAGGAGCAGGAGCUCAGCCCCGAGGCCCAGGAGGAGAUUGAGAAGGCCGAGGACGAAUUUGUCACUCAGACCGAGGAGGCAGUCGGGGUUAUGAAGAAUGUCUUGGACUCCCCGGAGCCGCUUCGCAACCUUCGCGAGCUCCUCGCCGCGCAGAUUGAGUACCAUAAGAAGGCCUACGAGGUCUUGAGUGAGCUCGCUCCAGUUGUAGAUGGCCUCCAGUCCGAGCAAGAGGCCAGCUACCGAAAGAGUCGUGAGGAGGCUUCCUAAGCCGCUGGUACCUAAUUCUCUGGCAGAUUUUCUUGAUUGGGAGGAAAAUGUUUUCCAAAUGAAGCCGAAGCACUCGUUGUAUGGAAGCGGAGCGUCGUCCAGACAUGGCCACGUUGAGGAAUAAGCGACUACCGAGGCCGCCCAAGCGUGAUUAUGCUCUUGUGGCGUGACGAGAGGAGAUAGGAGGUCCGCGCUACCCCGCCGGCGGGCAAGCUGCUUGCUAGCUCUUCAUGUUUGGUUCUUUGGAGAUGUAAACCCUUUAUAGCUCGGUUGGCUACAAGCCGGCGCCGUUCUUCGUACCAAGAAUAUGGCCUCAGUGUGUCUUUGUCCACUGUGGGGCGCGGCUACAAGGUAGCUUCCGCUUCAAAAUAAAUUCACAUUCCGACGC